AAAGAGUGUGUUCUUAUUUCUCACACCCAAGGUCGCUUCGAUUUCACGUCAUAGGAGUGGAUUGGAUUGGAGGGGAAGGGAAAAGGGUGGGCAGCGCUAAGGCUCAUUCAUUUCUCUUUCUCUUUCUCUGUUCAGAGAUUUUCUACCAACAUCAUCAAACUAGUGUAACCCUAGCAUAGCAUAGCAUUCCUUUGACUCUUCCAUUUCAAGUCUAAGAACAGGCAGGAACAAGAACAAGAUCAUGGUUCCUUAUUGUUUAAACACGGUCUGGUUGAUGAAAUUAUCUGGGUUUUUCUCUGUCGCAAUGGUUACGGUCAUUCUCUCUCCAUCACUGCAAUCAUUUCCACCAGCAGAAGCCAUCAGAUCUUCCAAUCUCGAAGAAUACCUCCGAUUUCCCACCCAGACUUCCUCUGACGAUCGAUUUUCCUACAGAAUAGCACCUGCGUUUCGCAAUGCCGAUGAAUGCAGUCUCACGGAUAAGAAGAAGAACAAGAAGAAGACAUUCAAGAGAAAGGGAGUUUGCGAUCCUUCCCUUGUUCACGUCGCGAUUACUCUCGAUGUCGAUUACCUAAGAGGCUCAAUCGCUGCCGUCAAUUCCAUUCUGCAAAAUUCAUUGUGUCCUGAAGAUAUCUUCUUCCAUUUCCUUGUCUCGGAGACCAAUCUCGAAACCCUAGUUCGGUCCACUUUCCCGCAGUUGAAGUUCAAAUUCUAUUACUUCGAUCCAGAAAUUGUUCGAAGCUUAAUCUCCACUUCGGUAAGGCAAGCUCUCGAACAACCACUAAAUUAUGCAAGAAAUUACAUGGCCGAUCUGCUUGAGCCUUGUGUGAGAAGAGUCAUAUACUUGGAUUCCGACCUCGUAGUUGUAGACGACAUCUCUAAGCUAUGGGCGACCAGCCUGGAAAAGAUGACUAUUGGAGUGCCGGAAUACUGUCACGCGAACUUCACCAGGUAUUUCACAGACGGGUUUUGGUCGGACAAGUGGUUAUCUAGCACGUUUACUGGACGCAACCCUUGCUACUUCAACACAGGUGUAAUGGUGAUUGACUUGGUGAAAUGGAGGCAGUUUGGGUACACAAAGCUGAUAGAAAAAUGGAUGGAAGUUCAGAAGAGAGACAGGAUCUAUGAACUAGGGUCUUUGCCGCCGUUUCUUCUGGUAUUUGCCGGAAAUGUUGCUCCUAUCGAGCACCGGUGGAACCAACACGGUUUAGGAGGUGACAACAUCAAGGGAAGCUGUCGGAAUUUGCAUCCCGGUCCUGUGAGUUUACUACACUGGAGUGGCAGCGGCAAGCCAUGGCUGAGGCUUGACUCAAAGAAAUCGUGUCCCUUGGAUUCACUAUGGGCAAUGUAUGAUCUCUAUGGACACUUGAUAUGAGUUUUCACUAGCUCUUGCCGGUAAAUUUCAUUUGUUCCUUCAAUUUUUUUGUUUGCUUUCAAAUUUUUCUCUUUUCUAAUUUGACAUAUAACUGAUUCUCUGGGAAUAAGAGGAGGGAAAAAAAGGAAGUGAUACCAUUGAAAUGAAUUCCAAUUUGCUGGCUAUUAUUAUAUUCUUGUUGCUUGUUAUUUCUA